CACGUUUCCCAUGGUGUACUUUAAAAUAAUUUUUAAGUUUAUUUAUUUUGAGAGAAAGAGAGUGAGGGGAGGAGGGGCAAAGAGAGAGAAUCCCAAGCAGGCUCUGCACUGUCAGCACAGAGCCAGACGCGGGGCUCGAUCCUGUGAACCGUGAGAUCAUGACCUGAGCCGAAAUCAAGUGUCCGAUGCUUAGCCGACUGAGCCCCCCAGGCACCCCUCUGUCAUGUACCUUAAAGGACAGUGUUUUUUCUCGGAUUUCUGAGCCCUUGCAGCCAGUUUCCCAUCACCCACGUGAAGAGCUGGCCCGCCCCCGGCCGCCUUACUUGGGCCUCCUCAGGAGCCCUGUGCCUCCGUCCUUGCCUCACGUGGUCUUACUGUCAGCGACUCAAGCAUGUGGUUCUGAAACAUGUGGACCCAGGAACGGGCCUGUGUCCUACCAUCCUCCAGAGGACUGUGAGUUUGGUGAGCGGAUCCCUGUCUCAGAACCUCCGCUUUUCCAUUCCCUUUACCCGGGACGGUGCACGUCUCCACCCUGGAGGCACACUGAGGCCGUCCCCUCCCAGGCCCUCAGGACCCCCUGGUCCCUAUGCUGCUUGGUAGGGGGCAGGAGCGUCAAGGGAGGGGCAGUAGAAAAGAGAGACUCACAGUGGCUUGCUUUGAGCGUUUCUUUCCAGCAGGAUAAUCAGCUUUUCUUUGAUUGUGUGUGGCUCACAUUUAAAGCCACUGCCGCUGUGUGCUGCCUUUGAGUUCCGCUGACCUUGUUUGGAAGAAGGAAGAGACUGGGCCACCCCACCUGAGAUUUCCUGGGUUUUCACAACCAGAUGGGGAGCGGAGGUCAUGCCAGUUCAGUGGCUCCGCACCUGCCUCAGGGCACCCGCGUGCUUAGGAAAUGCCCAAGCGUGGCCGUCCCUCCAGGGCCAUAAAGGCAGAAUCUGGAGGUGGGCCCAGUCACAGGCAUCUUCCACGCGCGUGGAAGAGACACCACAGGCGAUCGAUUGUGCACCACGGGCCGGGGCUCUGAGGGCCGUCUGGUCACAUGCCAGUGCAGUCUGAAUCGGUGACCACGCCUGGGCUCUCCUGCAGACGGCCUAGUCGAACAUGCCUGGCACGUGGUAGGUGCUUCCUGUUAGUACCCAAUGCCCACUCUCCCGCAUUUAUGUAGAUUUUUUAUUCUCACAGUCAGAAACAGGCCCAGCAUGGCCCUAAAUAGUGGAACCACGGUCGGAUUCCACCGUUCUUAUUCCUUUGGCCGUGGCACCCUGGGGUCCCUCGAUCCUGAGCCCAAACUUCCUGAUACAGCACUUGUCCUGGCUCACCAGUGGGCCGAGCCUGAGGCUUAGAGGCCCGAGCAGAGGAGCCACAGAAGCUGGGAUCCUUGGCUAAGAGCAUAUUCACGCAAUCGUGGCAAAAUGGGAACUGUCACCCAGACCUCGUGACUGGCUCGUGGGAGAGUACAAGAAGUCUUCGGGGGAGUCCAUAGUUUAGCAGAGUUUACAGUUUUGUGCAGGGUGACUCUUGUAAUGGUUACCAUCACAUGCUUGGAGGUGAGGCUUCCUUUCUACCCAACCCUGGAAAUCUGCAGGAAGUUGACCUGCACCUGUAAACUUCAGCCUCCCCCACCCUUGUGGGGUCAGGAGGUGACUCUCCAGAACCAGAUUGUUCUGUGUGCUUUUAUGAGACAGGUGUGGGCACCAGCGGACACAGAGCAGAGGCUCGGGAGAACCAGGGUUAUCACACUCGUGGGCCCUGGAGACGGGCCCUGCCCGCCCCAUGCUGGGCCCCAUGGGGAAGUACCGGUCGGGAGACAGGACAAGGUUUAGGCUGCAGCCUUUGUUGGGGUUUCCAUGGGAAAGGCAGGCAGGUCAGCGUGAACGCGAGGACUGGCUCCCUUGAACGAUUUCGGUGGGCUUUGGUGGACCCUGGGACGGUCAAGGCAGAGCAGUAGUGCCUCCAGGUGCAGGGGCUGGAUGGGGAGGCAGGACUCUGAUGGGUUAGGUCCCUGCUUUGCUCUCUCAAGAAUGGGCUGGCCUGGGAGGGGCGGGCUGCCCAGCCAGGAAGGUUUUUACGAUGUCGGAGUGUGCAGGGGAACAAACGCGACACACCAGCGCACGGACGCCCAGGCGCUCUCGCCAGCCUGUCAUCUAUUAGACUGACCUGUGUGCACGUGCACUUGUACGUGUGUUUGGGGGCGUGUGAAUCACAGGAGCAGAGAACGAGUCCGUGAAGCGGCCAGCGCAGCCCCCUCAGCGCCUUCAGUCCUGUCCGAUACAGAGCACUCCUGGGCACGGGCACGGGCGAUGGCGCAGACUCGGGACUCCCGGGGGGACGUGUGUGUACGUGUGUGCUUUUGUCUUUCCUCCCUGAAUCGAUUCAUACCCACAAAGAGCCAGCCUGCCAUAGAGCUUGGUUCACUCAGAAGUAGGAAGACAAAUGCUUCUAUGAUCUUUGCCUUUGAUUACGGGACCAUUAUCAAAUCCACGAGUUCAGUAGUUAGAAAAGGUGCUUCUGUGGUUUGGGUUAAAGGAGCUAGUACUUCCUACGUCCCGACAGUGGUCACCGUGACUGGGCAGAGUAGCUCUUUUCGCCGAGUAGUCACAAAUGGACAGCUGUGGCUCUGGGCUCACAGCCCACAGUUCAGCUAGACAUGGUGACCUCCGCAAGGAUGGACAGCUGGAACGCACCGUGGCCCCUGCCCAGUCCUGCUCCUUGUUGCCCAGAUGUGGGUGGGAGAGCCCUCCGCUCCUGAGGAGGUGCCCUGUCUGGUGAGCCCCCUGCAGGGCUGUGGGAUGUGGAAGGUGUGGGCAGGAAGGGACCCAGGGGGGACUCUGGCCACUUUGCUAGCACCUGAUCCUGGGGUUCCCUCCUGCACAUUGGGGUCCCGCGCUGCGAGGCUGACACAGAACGCUUCAGAGGUCCCUUCCUCCUGUUCUGAGGACUCGAGAAUCUGGCCUUGGCAGCUUCACAGACAACGCGUCCAAACUUACGUAAAUGUGACCAUAGGAGCGUAUAUUCAACAAGUGUUUCCUGGGCCCGUCCUCUGUGCCAGGCGCCGUAUCAGGCGGUGGGGGCACAGCGGCGGGCAGGUGGCCCAGCCCCGCCCACAGAGAGCUGCUUGUCUCGUGGAGGCCGGGCUUCCAGAGGGGGCUUCUGGAGGAAAAGGCGUUGAUGCCGAGAUCGGAAGGAUAAGGGCUGACAGGUGGGGCCGGGUGGGGAAAGGACUCUUAGAGGACCCAGCGCCAGCAGGAGCCCAGAGGUGAGGGACACGGGCUUUCAAACAGCUGCCUGUGCAGGAGGGCCGUCGGGUGGGGCAGGGGGCAGGUCAAGAGCCACCACCCGACCCCGUCCUGGGAGCACGGUGCUCAGACCCUGUGGGGACGCGUGUGAAGGGCAGGAGCAUGGGUUUUGGUGACCUUCCUCUAGUGGUCACCACAGUGCAGUCUGUCGUGCUAACUAGUAUAAAACGUAUGACAGCCGUCUUCUAACGUGGAGGUGGGAAGGUCCUUAAAUGUAUUGGAAAUCCAGCCAGAAGUUCCUCUUAGUCUCCAAACUCUGCCGGACUUGAGGUCAGCAACAGCAAAUGGGCCGGUUGUGAAAAGAAGAAAUAUUUUUUUGUUUUUUAUUUCUGGGCAAAGAAUGAAGUUUUGUUUUUACAUUGUUACAGAGAAAUUAUUGGGUUAUUUCAAUUACACUUACUGUUUGAGUGGGUAAGUAUGUUUGUACUAUCUUCUCUGCGUGUAGCAGCCGCUGGUGUAGGAGAAAAGGAUUUGGAAACGGGGCAGUGGUAAGCGAUACCCACACCCUCCUUUGUGUCUUUACGUACUGAGCGUAGGGGAUGUUUUUCACGGUUGGAAUCAGAAUUCCCACCUUGUGUUUGAGAGCUGAUGUGGUCCAGGGUGGGAGGUGGGUUUCCUCCUGCAAGGACUCGGCAUAGCCCCCUGCCUGGGCGGGACACGCUGUCCUUCCCGGUGUCCAGGGCGGGGAUAGGCACACACGGGUGGCCUCGUCCCUUUCCCAUUCAGGCCUUGCACUGGCUUCAGAUGGGAGUGUGGACGGGCUUCACGCCGUAGGCAGGUUAACAGACUAGAACUGGGGACUUGGGUUUUCCUCCGGUUUAUAAGGACCCUGACGUGACGGGUGAUGAUAAUCCUUGUGCUGAGUCCUGCAAACACUUUCUGUGUGCCAGACAUUACUGCAGCCCGUCUACACAGCUGCCCCUGCUCCUGUGCUCCCGACAGUGAUUUCUGCGUGCGGAGAGCGAGCGCAGACAGUGUGAAGUCGGAGACGAAUACAUGACGAGCCCAGACGCACCUGCACGGACGGUGCCUCGUGGGACGAGACGUGGCGUGGGCGCCCGAGCCCUGCUUUGGUCCUGGGACGCCUUUAAUCCUCCGCACCUAGGACGAUGACUCAUGUGAGCGAUGGCGGCACAGCAGGGAGCAUUUUCGACCUGGACUACACGUCCUGGAAGAUCCGCUCAACGCUCGUGGUCGCCGGCUUCGUCUUCUACGUGGGCGUCUUCGUUGUCUGCCACCAGCUGUCAUCCUCCCUGAAUGCCACCUACCGCUCCCUGGUGGCCAGAGAGAAGGUCUUCUGGAACCUGGCGGCCACCCGCGCGGUCUUUGGCGUUCAGAGCACGGCCGCGGGCCUGUGGGCCUUGCUGGCGGACCCCGUGCUCCAGGCCGAUAAGGCGCGCGGCCAGCAGAACUGGUGCUGGUUUCACGUGGCGACGGCAACGGGAUUCUUUCUCUUUGAAAACGUCGCGGUUCACGUGUCCAACGUGCUCUUCCGGACGUUUGACUGGUUUCUGGUCGUCCACCACCUCUUUGCCUUCCUGGGCUUUCUCGGCUCGGUGGUCAACCUCAGAGCCGGCCACUACCUGGCCAUGAUCACGCUGCUCCUGGAGGUCAGCACCCCCUUCACCUGCGUUUCCUGGAUGCUCCUGAAGGCCGGCUGCUCCGACUCCCUGUUCUGGAAGCUGAACCAGUGGCUGAUGAUCCACAUGUUCCACUGCCGCAUGGUGCUCACCUACCACAUGUGGUGGGUGUGCUUCUGGCACUGGGACGGCCUGCGCAGCAGCCUGCACCUUCCGCACCUGGCGCUGUUCCUCGUGGGGCUGGGUCUGCUCACGCUCGUCCUCAACCCCUACUGGACCCAUAAGAAGACUCAGCAGCUCCUGACCCCGGUGGACUGGAACUUCGCACAGCCGGAGCCUGGAGGCGGGCGGCCCGUGGGGGCCAAUGGCCAGGUGCCACAGAAGAAGGGGCAGUAGCCGCUCGGAGCCCAGGGCCCCGGGGCGCAGGCGGCUGCUGUCCACGGGCUCCGCGAGGUCCCCGCCGCAGACUCCCGCAGAGUGAGGCAGGGACCGCGCUGUCCCUGGCGCACUUUCCGAGUCACACUGACUGUGCUGAUUUCCCGGUGGCCGCAAAGGGUGUGCAAAGCCCGGCUUUGCCUCUGGGGGCACAUUAUUGCCGUCGCGACCCUGUCGCCUGCUGUGGUUUGCUCCUGCGCGCCUAACCGUGUGCAGCCCUGUUGACCAUCAGGGAGGGCGUCACGGUGGCGGCCGGGCCACCUGUCCAGGAGGAGGGAGCGCUCCCAGUGCCGGGCGUGACUCGGCAUCAGCAACCCUCCCCCGCCCCCCCUUCCCCGCCGCCGUGGCCGUCAGCAUCCGGUCUGUCCGGUCACACGGUCAGCAGUUUGUGUGUCCUAUCUGGUGGUGGUGACCUUCUUAGCCGCAGGGCACUGUCCUCGGACAGAAGGGGUCCUGUUUGGGCCCCUUGUUAGAAUCUCCGUGGAUGGAGAGGCCAGCCUGGCUGCGGUCGCACCAUCUGGUGGCGAAGCCGUGGGCGGGCCCCUUGCAGGAGUGACCCUCCCCACCUUGGGGGACGGAGCCAGCCUGGUGGGUGUGUGUGCUCCAGUGCAGGCUGUGGGGUCACGCAGCAGGGGAUCUCCAGUAAAACCAGAAGCGUGUAUUCACACUCUCUUGGUCACUUGGUAAAAUAAGGUAGAUGUUCGGUAAUCAGACCUGUCUGGAUUUUAGAGCCGUUUUCAACGGACCGAGUUGCCGGUGUGCUUCCCAACUGGACCCUCAUUCCGUGGCUGGCGUUCCUGAGGGUUUCAGGGCCAGGCACUGGGCACUCUGCCCUGCGAGCUGGGAGGGCAGGCAUGCCGCCUUCACCUGCCGCCUCCUCGGGAAGGCGGGCACCAGCCUAGCACGUGUGCGGGGAGGUCCGGGGGCCCCCCGCUUCCAGAGCUCGCUUAGGUGCGUGCCUCCACUGUUAGCAGAGAUGUGUCCGCCGAGUAACGGCCUCUCCUGUGAAAGUGAGGGUCCCCCUGCCCCGACUUCCUUUAGUCCGCGAGAACAGGCACCCAGUAGGUCUUGUGUAACAGCAAAGUGCUGCAAAGGGGGUCAUUCCAGCUCACGAGAGGUUUCAGGGGACCGCCCUACUGUGGGCAGUGGGGGACACACGUACAGACAUUUGAUUCUGGCCUGGGGUGUGCAAUUAAAAUUAGGUUUAUUUUUUUCUUUUGAAAGCCUCUUUGACGUCUUUGCAAAAAACAUGCGUUUAUUGGUCACGGAAAUGUCCGACUCGUGUUUAAGUGACAGGGCGCUCAUGGCGGCGAUCUUGGUUACUGCUGCUUCGGCUUUAUGCUUAGGUCAAGAUCCGUAACACCCGUUUAUCUCCUCGUAAGGAGUGAUUGAAGCCUCAAAGGUACCCCGCAAACCGCGUCCCCCAAAGACGACUAACUCACGAUCCUGCGGCCCCCGCCCUUCUUGUGGAACAGACGUAGCUGGUGUCUUCUGAUGGCACAGAAGCUUAAUAAAGUAACUUAUGUUUAUGGACCCAAAA